CAGGAAAUAGGCCAGACAGCAUACUUCCGCGGUCGCAAGUUACGUGGCAGACGAGUCGAGCUUCCUGAAGGUUAUGAGGGUGUCGUCGCUGUACCUACAGACAGAAUUCUACCAGCUUCCAAUCCUGGUGUGAAGACAGACUACAGUCAAAAUGAGCAGGAUGGCGCGAUCGACGGCGAUUCAGAGGAGCCGGUCAAGGUUCUGGAAAAACAAGCGACUUUCAACGAGUUCGUUGUGUGGGGUCAUGAAGUGCUGCCUGCGGCAGAUGAUCCAUUUGUGAAAGGUGUGGAGGAAUGGUUGAAAUUUGCGGAGGCGAUGCAUUCGAGCGCACCGCCUUCGACUGAGAAUGGCAAACCAGGCUCAUCCACUGAACAGACGUCUACAUGA